UUGCUGUUUUUGGUCAAAUUUUGUUGUUUUUCGCCAAGUGGAAGAGCUAAAAAUGCUGCUGAGACAUUGCCUGCUGGCCUUAAGAGGCACAAGGACCGCGUUCUCCCUUCAAACUGCUACAAAUCUGCCUGCCGGCAGUUCCCUGGUCGCGACGCAGCGAUUUUAUAGCAGCGUGCCGGCAAUUGGAAUUGUGGACUACGAUGUGGUGAAGAAGCUGGCCCGGGAACCACAGAAGCUGCUCAUAGACGUCCGGGAACCAGACGAGCUUACAAAGACUGGCCAAAUCCCCUCCAGCAUCAACAUACCCUUGGGCAUAGUCAGCCAGGAGCUGUCCGCCAGCCCCGAACUCUUCAAGUCAAAGUAUGGCCGCGAGAAGCCACAAGCCAGCACUGAGAUUAUAUUCCACUGCAUGAUUGGCAAGCGGAGCCUGAAGGCUGCCGAAGCAGCCGCCGCCCUAGGCUUCAAGAAUCUGAAAAACUACGAGGGCUCCUGGACGGACUGGGCCAAGCGCGAAGGAUUGCCCAAGUAGAAGUUCGAAUAACAAAUGCAAUAAAAUUUCAAUUUAAUUAA